AUGAGAGUCAGCAAGGUUGCCAGCCACCAGGACUCCCGUGGUCAGAUCCACCAAGCAGACUGCGAUCGCGGAGCCAUAUUUCAUUUGGCGGCUUCUAUUCAAAAGCGCUUCCUCCUCCCGAAUAACCUUUCCCAGUGCACAUUCCUAUUUCCCGUCAAGGAGUUCUGGGAUGUUUGCGAUCGCGCACAAUGCAUUUAUCCUCUGCGCCCGAAUCGACCGCGGAAGCGUAAGAGGGGAGAGAUCGAAGAGACUCUCAUUGACAGAUUGAAACAAUAUGAGGGAAUGCUGCAGGCUGCAGGUGUUGUGUUCAAUGUACUGGAUGUCGAUGGUCUGGAAGCAGGGUCUGAUGGGAAUGGAAUGAAGAAUAUCGUUGAACUUGGAAGUGACCAGCUCAAGACCUCAUCUGAACCAGCUCAUUCAGGAAGAAAUGAAGCAUCUAAAAUCGAUCGGCCGAUCGGUGGGGUGGUGAUGAAGGAUGACGGGGGAAGUUUUUAUGACCAUUCGAUGCUGAUGACCUUGAGCAAAGAGCUCACCCCUGGUGUCAAUCAUACUGAGUUAUCAAGUGACUUUGAUACUUAUUCUUUGAUCCCGCAACUUGUUCUAGGCCCCGGCCAAGGAGACGCCGAUUGCCAGCUGCUUUCUCCUGCAAUGGCCGAUGAGCUAUGGUCACUAUUUUGGUCCCAUGUUGACCCUCUCACAAAAGUAGUACCAAUCCAAACAUCGAAUCAGCUUAAGGAAGAGGGCUCCCACAAAAGAUCAAGCGGCUCAAUGGCUCUAUUGCAGUCAAUCUAUGCCUGCGCUGCUAUGUCACUGAGUGAGAACGAUUUUCAAUCCAAAUUCGGCUGCGAUCGUUCAAACCUACUGAAACAGACUACAAGAAUCGCAAAACAAGUGCUAGUAAAUGCCUACUUUUUCGAAUCACUGGAUCUUACCACCUUCCAAGCGUUUGUACUCUUUCUGUGCACUUCGGAGUCGUCUUUCUUCUGGUCCCUCCUUGGAAUGGCUCUCCGUAAGGCGCAGACCAUGGGGCUUCAUCGGGACGGAACCUUUCUGGGGCUUUCUCCUUUUGAAACAGAAAUACGUCGUCGCGUCUGGUGGUAUCUCGUCAGCCUAGAUGUUCGUGCUUCCGAGAUGGCGGGCUCUAGGAACUCUAUCAUAUCCCAAGCUUGGGAUACCCGAAUGCCUUCAAAUAUCAACGACGAAGAUAUGGACCCCACAAUGACGACCUUGCCGAAGGAUCAGACAGGGAUAAGAGAUAUGAGUUUCUGUCUCUUCACCUACGUGACUAUUGAUGCACUCAGAUCCGCUGAGCUGAAGAAAUCGACCGAUACUUUGUUGAAUGUCAGGUCCCAGAUUACACUAACCAAGGAACAAUUCUCGGAGCUGAGAAGGUUGCUUGAAGAAAGAUUCUUGCGCUUCUGUGACCCUGUGAUGCCAUUGGACCUUUUCCUGAGUAUCAUGGCGAGGUCUACUCUUUGCAAACUCGAAAACAAAAUACGGUUCUUCGCGCCUGGAGCCCCAAAAAAGGGGCCAUCGAUCCCUGACUCAUGGUACGCGUACGGUUUUCGGAUGUCGGAAUACGACAAGAUGAUGCACUCGAACGAGCUUCUACAUGGAUUUCUCUGGUAUGCUCAUGGAAACUUUUCAUGGGGCGCCCUGUUUGGUCUCCUGCGAUCGAUCAGUACCAGCGAAUGGGGCGAGAAAGAAGAGAAGGGGUGGCAGUCUGUACAAGACACGUUUCAAAAUUAUCCGGAGCUCUGGCGUGAGGACAAAGGUUUGAAUCGAUUUGUUGGGACCCUGACACUCAAGGCUUGGGAUGCGCGGAAGGCGUCGACAUAUGGCUCUGCAGAGGAAAACAACACCCCGGAGUUUAUCAAAUCGCUUAUCGCAAAGCGCAGAAAAUCCAUUGGCUCUCCAGCGACAAGUGCUCUGGAUACAUCCCCGGGAAAGAAUGUUUCGGAAGCACACUUAGCCAGUGCCGGCUCUGCCAUUCAAGACUAUCCUGGGCAGCCGCAAUCUUGGAGCGACCCAUGGUCUAAUCUAUUAUAUCCGAAUGCCGCAGAUCGGGAUGUUGAUUUUGAGUCUUGGUUAACGUGA